CGCUAAUGUAGAAUUUUCUGUAUUUAUUCUGUAAUAUUGACCUUUAAUAUUGACUCUUAAGUCAAACCCCCAACUGAGAUAAAUGGCCUGGUUGAAUCUAAAUAUACACGAAUCUCGCAAUCUUAGCUGUGAAAAUGAUCAGGUAAUAAUAUAGUUGUCUGUCAGAUAGUUAAAUUGGUAUGUGGUGUCUCACGUCAUUCAUAAUGUUUUGGAAAGUACUCUGAAUGAUGAACCUGCUGCAAAAAUAUCAAAAAAUGUGUCUGGCUUAUCCAAAGCUAUCACAUAAAACUAUGUAAUAUAUAAUUGAUUUAGUUCCAGGGGCAGAGCGAAGGCAUGUUUUCCAAAUUGUUGUCCCCGUUAUAUACCGUAUCAAUUUCUUCGUUGCUGAUUGGUUUAUCUCGGUCUAUCUACAUGAGUCUACGUAGAACGAACAUUCUUCAACCUCGUUAAGACGUCUGUGCUGUAAAUGGUUCAUUCUAAAGCCACGAGAUACAGAAAAAACGUACGUCGCGCUACAGUUGGGAACGGCGGAAAUCUGUUGUCUGAUAUGUCAGAGAAAGAAGCGAAUAAAAAUAUUGACAGGCGAAGCGGCCCGGUUAAAGCAUUAUUCGAUUCACCACAAGGUUCUCAAAUUUCAGUUGGGGACCAGUAUGUAAAUUACAUCGCCAAGAAAUGGAUAUGCAAUCCACAACGUUAGCUUGGCAUCAGCAAUAAGCAUAGAUGACAUGAGGUCACAGACUACAUCUCUGUCGAGUCCUAGGCCCCAACUAAUUUGAACCAGAAUUCCGAGGGAGCUGUGACCACUCCUCUUACGCCGCCUUUACUGGGAUAACCAUGACAACGGGUCAGUGUUGCCAUCUCCCGGGCGCCCUCUGUGACUGUGCCAGCAACUCAGCGCUGUCCAAGACUGUGGAGGAGUCAGACAUCCGGCGGGCGCCAUACAUCACCCAGGUUACAGCCAAAGAUGGCCGACUGCUCUCUUCCGUCAUCAAGGCCUUGGGCACGCAGAGUGAGGGGCCAAUGUGCCGGAUCUGCCAUGAGGGGGGCAGUGGGGAGGGGCUGCUCUCCCCCUGCGACUGCACGGGCACCUUGGGCACCGUGCACAAGAGCUGCCUGGAGAAGUGGCUGUCCUCCUCCAACACCAGCUACUGUGAGCUCUGCCACACAGAGUUCUCCAUCGAGCGCCGCCCCCGGCCUCUAACGGAGUGGUUGCGGGACCCGGGCCCGUAUAACGAGAGGCGGACGCUCUUCUGCGACAUGGUCUGCUUUCUCUUCAUAACGCCUCUGGCUGCCAUCUCCGGCUGGCUGUGUCUGCGGGGCGCCCACGACCACCUGCUCUUCAACAGCCGGCUGGAGGCCCUGGGCCUCAUCGCCCUCACCAUCGCCCUCUUCACCAUCUUCGUCCUCUGGACUCUGGUGUCAUUCCGCUACCACUGUCAGCUGUACUCGGAGUGGAGACGAACCAAUCAGAAAGUCCGCCUGCUUAUUCCCGACGAGGGGGCACACUCCUCCCAGCAUUCCUUGCUGUCCAGUAAACAGAUGAAAAAGUUGGCUGAUGAGACUGUCGUAUGAGGGCGGGGGGACCAGAGGAUGGGGGGGUGCGUGGCGUUGGUCUGCCCCAAAGUUCCGCUCCGAACUGAAGCAGUUGUGGACGCAUUUCUGUUUCGAUUUUCCAAGUUUUAUAAGCGUCUCGGCACUUAUUUUUUUCACCUGUCUUGAUUCCUUUCAUUUUCAGAGCCUAAAGAUGUAGUACAUGCAGACUGAGCUGGUGAGCUGAAGGCUUGUCUCUAUUCCUGAUGCCUCGUAUGUUCCUUGCAAAGAUUUGGAAGCCAUUUGGUGGAGAGAAUGGCCUCCUGGGUAUUGUAGUAAGAGGACAUGGGCCUGGACUGAGCUGCACUUGCAUAGAGGAUACAGCUACUGUAGCCUAGAGCCAAACAUACAGGGAUCCAAUGGUUAGAAGCUUUGCUGUUUUAUUUAAACAGUUUUUUCUGGUAAUCCUUCACAGCAAAGUAUAGCUGCACAUACUCUUUCAUGAAGGCAUUUCAGCAUGGCCCUAUCCUGGUCAGAGUUUACCCAGCAGCCCCAUUGCAGGGGAACCAUUAAUGAGCAGUCAGAGUUUUGGUUCCUGUCCUUCUGUGGAAGUAUAGAAUGGCCUCCUGGGUAUUGUAGUAAGAGGAGAUAAGCCUGGACUGAGCUGCACAUGGAGCUGCAUUUGCAUAGAGGAAACAGCUGUGGAAGUAGCAGGAAACAGGGUUCAGAAGCAGUGGUGGGUGUGUCCUCUCUGUUCUGCUUCCCACUGAUACAGUGGUGGGCGUGUCCUGUGCUGCUUCCUUCUGAGGCUGAGUGGGACGGGCUUUCUGAGAGACCGCUGACUUUAGCAGUGUAUGGGUGGCAUGUAAUUACAAAUGACCCUUGUUGUUUUGCCUCUUGGGAGAGCAUCAGUAACAGAAAUAUAGCCAAGGGUGUGUGCAAUGAAACACAAUGUCCCCACAGAGAGUGUUCUAAAACACUGUUACCAACAUGCUCAUUUUUGCACUAUUUUGUUUUGUUUGAUUGAAUUGAACAUAUUUCGUCAUCUGUUGAUUUUGGUUUCCCUCCUCUCCAUAUGCUCCCAGUGAAGUGAGAGUGAAUGUGGGUGCUGGAGUGCCGGGCUGUGCAAUAUGGCCAUUGGAAAGAACCGUUAGCACCACUUUUGCACUGUAGUGAUGGAAGCAGGCUGGCACAAGCGGGAGUUCCCUGUCUUCCGGAGGGGAAGACUGGGACUUUCCAGCAGAAAAAGGGCCACGUCUCCAUCGGCUUACCACCCCUUCUGUGUUUUGAGCCUUGACGGAAGCGAGCAGGCCGAGCAGUCGCAGGUCAGCGGGACAGAAGAGCUGCGGUAGAGCAGCCUUACGCCGAGCCGAAGCAGUCAGCCUGCUCUGCAGCUGUGCGGUUCUACAUGGCGUUUCAUCUGCACCUUCCCACAGUCUUAAUUACCUAAUGUCUGGGCCCUCCGGCUCUGCUGUCAGCCAUAAGACAGCAACGGGCUGCUCUAAUUCAAACAUACGCUCCACAAGGACACCAGCAUUGCCUUUAAACACUGUGUGUAGGUAAAGAGUUUAACCUUUAAUCAAUAACCGGCUGUCCAGGCUCAGCGUAUGUUCACCCAGUGUGUCCCUGUGAAUGGAGCGCUUGGCGUUUGAAGCGCACUUUGAGCGGAAGGAGAGGAAGGGAAGUGCGGAGCGUAAAAUGGCUGCUCAGAGGAUGCCCUUGCCGCGCGACAGUUGCUUUGUCUGGAGGGAAAUGCUGAAGAGCUGAGCCAGUCGGAGCGUGUGAGUUUCCAUCAGAGUAUUUAAACUGAAAGGACGGUCGUCAAAGAAUCCACAGGCUGUGAAUGCAGCUGUGCCGGAGUCUUCUCUCCUCCACCGUGCGUUUACCGGACAUCGAUCAGGCUGUGUGCGGAGGCCAGGUCUCACUGCAUCUUCCCGAUGGGGUUUCAUAAGGAUAGCCAGGGUUAUGACACACAGGUGUAUUAAUAGAAAUGCCCUUGCUCGGUCCGUUCCAGUGCAGGCGCCUUCGUCCUUUUACGGCUCUUCACAGCAGCAGAUGAGUUAACGGCUGGCCACACCACCCCAGGGAGAUGCCCAUUCAUAAGGGGAACAUGCUAAACUAGCACUUAGCGCUGACCUUCACCGAUGCUCAGAGAAUCGAUUGCUGAAUAGGGCUGCAGCAGUGACAGUGCUCUCCUUCAACAUGCCUUUUUUUGUUACAUGUAUUUGGACAUUGUUAUUCAGUAAGCUCAUUUUUGAAAGGAAGGACUUCAUGUUUUCUACUCUAGUCUAGUCCAGUAUCCAGGGUUGGUUUACACGCAGGAUUUGUUUGACCUCAAGGGUUGUUUUUGUUUUUGUUUUUUUCCCAACUUAUUGAGUCAGUAUUUGUGGGUUGUCCCUUAUUUUCUUGGACAAAACUGAAAGUUCACAACUCGCUUUUCUCCAAAACUUACACCGUGCUGGCUUUGAAGGGACUUCAAGAGCGAAAUAUGACAGCUUUCCGCACUCUUUGGUUUGUGAAUUUCCACAUUGCAGAGAAGCAGUGGUAAUGAUGUGGCUAAGGUCCUGUGAUUGACAGCAGCUGGAGCCUGUCCAUUGGAUGGGCUGUAAUGAGACUGGACUCACACCCAGCGCAAUUGGUGCAUUCAGGUGCUCCAGACUCUGCAGAAGGGGUGGUAGAGUGGCGCACACAAAGGAGAAAAUGGAAGUGGUCUCAAAUGAAGAGCUCUAAAAGUGGGACUAAAAUGAAAAAGGAUUUUUGUAAAUUGACCUUGUUCAGUGACCCAUAUGUGCUGGCCUUUUUCCCCUAAAAUGGUCUGCUGUUCUGUCUGAGAUGAUGCACAGUAUUUUUCUGUCUGGAUGAAUAAAAUUGUUAUGCAUGCAAUGACCCAUGAACUGAUAAAGAAUACUGUACUUUCAAUGUAAUUUGGUAAUAAUAACCCUACAAGUGGUGAAAUGGCAAUAGGAGUCCAGUCAAAUCUUAAUCCAUGCUUAGCAUAGUGUGUGGAUGAAGUGCCCUAAGCCCCAGUCUGCUGGUACAUUAUUAAAUUUUAAUAAAACUAGAAAAUA